UUGGCGCCAGGCCAGCGGCAGAGGCUUUAAAGAACAAAACCCCGUCCGCGUCCUCCUUCCCUCCGCAGCGUGCGCUCGCCCGCCUCAGCAGGACCAUCAGUACCAUCCGCGGGCGCCCCGAUGGAGAAAAAUACAGGACUUCAAGGCCGUUCGCCCGGUUGCUUUGGCUACCCGCUCAGCAUCUUCUUCAUAGUCAUCAAUGAAUUCUGCGAAAGAUUCUCCUACUAUGGAAUGCGAGCCGUGCUUGUGCUCUACUUCAAGUAUUUUCUCAACUGGAGCGACAAUCUUGCUACAGCCAUUUACCAUACAUUCGUUGCCCUCUGCUACCUCACACCUAUCCUUGGAGCGCUUGUAGCUGAUUCCUGGCUGGGAAAGUUCAUGACCAUUGUUUCCUUGUCGGUUGUGUACACAGUUGGGCAAGCGGUCUUGUCGGUAGGCUCCAUACAUGAUUUGCUGGAUCAAGACAGGGAUGGUCAAGUAGAUAAUGUUGCGAUUCCCAUUGCUUUCUCUAUGAUCGGUUUGGUCCUUAUUGCUUUUGGAACGGGAGGAAUCAAGCCCUGCGUAUCAGCCUUUGGUGGAGACCAGUUUGAGGAUCAUCAGGAAAAACAAAGAAAUAGGUUCUUCUCUAUAUUCUACCUGGCCAUUAAUGCUGGAAGCCUUCUUUCUACUAUAAUCACACCAAUUCUUAGAGGGGUAGAAUGUGGAAUUCACGUCAAGCAAAAAUGUUACCCUCUCGCAUUCGGUGUUCCUGCUAUACUAAUGGCCGUUGCACUGUUUGUGUUCAUAGUUGGAAGCACCAUGUACAAAAAAGUUCGACCUCAAGGCAACGUAAUGGUCCGCGUUGCCGGAUGUAUUACGUUUGCUAUUGGAAACAGAUUUAGACAUCGCAGCAAGCAAUACCCCAAGAGGGAGCACUGGUUGGACUGGGCCAGCGAGAAGUUUGAUAAACGACUUAUUGCCCAGACAAAGAUGGUCUUAAGAGUGCUGUUCCUGUAUAUUCCUCUUCCCAUGUUUUGGGCACUUUUUGAUCAGCAGGGAUCACGAUGGACAUUGCAGGCCACAACAAUGGAUGGAGAUUUUGGCCCUGUUCAGAUUCAGCCAGACCAGAUGCAGACUGUAAACCCAAUCCUCAUUGUUAUAAUGGUCCCAGUUGUAGACGCUGUUGUUUAUCCUCUAAUUAAGAAAUGUCACAUAAAUUUCACGCCUCUGAGGAAGAUGACAGUUGGCAUGUUGCUGGCUGCUUUGGCAUUUGUCGUUGCUGCUGUGGUGCAGGUGCAGAUAGACAGAACUAUUCCAGAAUUUCCUGCGGCAGGCCAAUCCCAAAUCAAAGUAAUAAAUAUGGGGAACAGCAGUGCAACAGUUCGCUUUGCUGGUACCAAUCAGAAUGCUGAAGUGGGUUCUGCAAAUUCAACAGGCUACUUCACUUUUGACACAGGAGAGUUAAGCAAUAUUGAAAUAAACUAUGGGAAUGAAUUUUCAAAUCGAACAUUUGUUUACGUGGGAAAAGAACGCCACACCCUUCAAAUAUCAAAUAGAUAUGGGGUCCAAGCUGAGCUGCUUGUGGAUGGCAUCACAGAAAAACCAGAGCAAGGAAACAAUGAGAUCAGGUUCAUAAACAACAUGGAUUCAACUAUUAAUAUCACUAUGGGUGGAGUUACCUUUGGAUAUGUGGAUUAUUUUUCUCCAACAAACUACACGGCUUUCCAAAGAGGAGAAAAAGAAAUCACCAUUACCAUUCUCAGCGAUCUUCGUAACUGCAGUGGCAAGUCUUUGACAUUUGGGUAUGGCAGCGCUUACACUAUUGUAGUAGAGGGGUGCAACAGCAGCGAAGUACUCCUCAACUAUGUUGAAGACAUUCAACCCAACACAAUCAGUAUGGCCUGGCAAAUUCCUCAGUAUUUCAUUAUUACCUGCGCCGAAGUGGUCUUCUCAGUCACUGGACUGUCGUUUUCAUAUGACCAGGCUCCUGCAAACAUGAAGUCUGUUUUGCAAGCUGGAUGGCUGUUGACAGUGGCUGUGGGAAAUAUCAUUGUUCUUAUUAUAGCUGGAGCUUCAAAAAUUGAAGAACAGUGGGUAGAAUACGUUCUGUUUGCAGGUUUACUAGUUGCAGUUACUGUUGUUUUUGCCAUCAUGGCCUAUUUUUACACUUAUGUGGAUCCAGUUGAGGUUGAAGCUCAAAUGGUAGAGGAUGAAAAGAAGAGGGAAAAGGAACUGUCAUCUUAUGAAAAUGGAAAUGCACCCGUUUUACAGACUCAGAUGUGACCAUACACUAAAGGCUGAACGGGAACAUAAACUGUCAUCGGGACAACUGCAUCUCUAGUCCGAGACACAUAAUUGCUGCCUUCUCACUGGGCAGGGAUGGUUAGUGAACACCGUCAAAAUACACCCUCCCUCCCGAGGGCGAAGAUUAAAAAAUCUGUUCUCCUGUGAAGAAAA